ACCUAUUGGCGCGUGUGUGAAGCGCCUGUCCCAAGGUUGUCGCCUGGUGGCGACGCAGAUUCCAGGCCGCGGUACAUUCGUUUAAGAGACCAGUCACCCCUUCUGCACAAUCGAAUCUAUGUCAACAACGUCAACAACGCCCCUCGACCACACACGAUACUCGUCGCCAACAGAAUACCUUGCCCGACACUGCCCACCAUGGCCAUCGAAAAAGCCUUGCACGUCUCCCUGCCAGACGAAAUCAACACAGCGACUCGGAGCCUGCAUACAGAGCUUAACCGCUUGAUAACCUCGCGCCUUGCCUUUGCUCUACCACCGCUCGCUCCCGACCCUACUCCUUACAGAACAGGUCUCCUCCAUUUCGCCCAUAUCUUCCUGACUUUCGAGUCGUUAUGGGCCGACCUCCUCCCUCCCACUUCCCCAGGCCCUACAGGCUCCCCACCUAUAUCCCCGCUUUUAUCGUUUCUCCUCGUGAACCCAUAUGCAGAGCCUGAGCUGUUUACAUCACCACCCUCGCCUCAGAUACUAGAAUUCCUGCAGACGUUGCGACCAAAAGGGCUGUCUCGAUCUGCAAGGUUAAAAAGAGACUUGGAAUACUUGACUGGGCUGCAUCCCACGGAUUUCGACGUCAUGCUUUCGCAGUAUCCAGGAGAACAAGUGGCUGAGUUCUGUGCGCACAUCCGGAGGCGAGCUGGCAGCAAGCCGCAUACUCUGGUCGCGUACGCCUGGUGUUUUUAUAUGGCUGUCUUUUCCGGUGGACGCUGGAUUCGAGGCGAACUGCUGAAAGCAGGAAAUGAUUUCUGGACACAUGGACGGGAGAUGGCAGAAAAGUACCCUGAUGAGAAAGGCCGACUCCAAGAUGCUGGCCUCUCAUUUUGGUCCUUCCCAGGCGAGCAUGACGGACUCGACAUCAAAGAAGCAUUCAAGAGUCACCUGACAUCUGCCGAAGCCCUGUUUACCGCGGAAGAACGAAUGGACAUUGUGGAAGAGGCCAAAAUCAUUUUCCGACUCAGUGCCAACCUUGUCCACGAGCUUGAUCAGCAGCUGGAGACCGACUUGACUCAGAUCAGGCAUACAACUGCAGCGCAGCACCCCACCGAUCACGGGGCAAAGUUGGAUGACAAGGUAGUCUCAUCAGACAGACCUGUGGCUCGGAGCACGUGGUUGCACCAGCGGGAGGUCUCCGGGAUGGUUUUGGUCAUCUUGGCAUUAAGCUGUCUGGCAUACGUUACUCAUCUGCGGUCGGCGUACUGA